AUGAACUUAAAAAGAAAUAAGCAUUUUUUUGAUUUAUAUUGGGAAGAUAUAUUGGUGGCUAAAGUAAUUCCGUAUCUAAACAUACGGGAAUGUUUUAAUUUUCGAUGCGUUUCUAAAACAUGUCUUCAAAUUAUAAAUAUGUAUUUCGCAAAACUUAGAACACUGAAGCUCAUAAAUAACGGAUUUUCGCCUCACACAUUUCAAGUCUUCGCUGUGAAUUGUACUAGAUUAAAAGUUCUUAAUCUCAGUAGGUGUGCUUCCAUCACGGACGCGGAAUUGAUUCCUAUACUACUCAACAAUAAAGGGCUGAUUAGUUUAAAUUUAAGUCAAUGUAAAAAUUUGUCCGCUAAAUGUUUACAGCCUGCAAUAUUGUACUGUAGUAAUUUGCAAGUCUUAAAGCUGUCUAAAUGUUAUUGGCUGACGACAGGAGCAAUGGAGGCCCUCGCGCUUCACCAGAGUUUAUUAGAAGAAGUGGAUUUAGCACACUGUGCGGCAAUAUCAGAGAGUUGCAUACUUAUAUUUAUUAAGAAAUUUAGAAAUUUGAAGACUCUUAAUUUAGAAGGCAAUAAACAGAUCACGGACAAGUGUCUGUACACUAUGGCCAAGUAUAGCAAGUCAUUAAAACUACUCAACUUAGGAGGCUGCUCGGAAAUUACUGAUAAAGGUGUAAGGGCUCUCGCAUUCAACUGUCCAAAAUUAGAAGGCCUUCUUGUACGAGGUUGUACAAAAGUGACAGAGAAUAGCUUGCAAUUAAUGAGAAACAGAGUUCAUCUGGAUAGAAGGCCGACAGAACCAGUUCCUGCUCCGGAGUUUGUCGCUAUUUAA